AUGGAAGCAGGGUCGUCAGCUGUCGACGGGGAAAACCCUGCAUGGCCCACAUCCAAAGGCCACUCCCUCAAGAAGAGGUUCCUGCCGAGCAUUUUUAAGAAGAAACCCGCCUCAUUGGAAAGAGAGAGGAUAGGGCUCAUCUCCGAGCAGCUGCUCCCAUUCGAGCAUGGAGAGAUAGUCCAUGCUACAACCUCUCCCCCCCGCACCGAUUCCGCCGAUCUUCCUGGUUCCUCCCGAGAUGCACGUCGGGCAGAAGGAGAUCGGGCCGAGUCAGAUGCCUCCCCCCCGUUUUCUGCCUCUUUCGACCACGAAGCAGCCGCAUGUCCAGAAGAGAGCGUCUUCACACCGUCCAUCUCCUUGUCCGACGACAAGCGUUUUUAUUCCUGGCAGAGGCACCUGGCUUUGCCCAUGAAACCCAGUGUGUUUUCCACUUCAUCCAUCCUACUCAUCGAAUCGGGUGGGAUCGUCGAAGGAACCAUAACGAUUCGAAGGGAGUUUGAGGAAUAUAUGGUGAAUCUCAGUCUCCUUCCCCCUCGUGUGGAGGUCUCCUGCAAAUCAUCGGCGAUGCUCGUGUCCAUCUUCUUGCCUCAACGCUCCUGGUUUCUGCCGCCCGAGCUGGCCGUCGCUGCGUUCUUCGAGGACGACUGCAUGAUGCUGAAUAUGCAACACCGUGUCCUAUCUGGAACGGAGGAGACCAAGAAAAUCUGUCGCCGCUACCAUCAUCCAAUGUUGCCUAUCAAAGUCACCGUGCUGGAAAGUCGUGGCCGCACUGCGAUUGCGAUGUCGGUGGAUUACGAUGCUGUAGAUGAUCUCUUCCCGAGUCUCAGCCGCUACCUUGGUUCGGGGACGACAGGAAAAAGAAGAAAUGAGGAAGGAGGAUGCCUCAUUCAAGAGCUCAUCUGA